CCAACCCAAACACCAAGUCUUCUUCCUCCCGACCUCUCCUUCUCCCAGAUUCUCACGCCUAUUAUUAUUAUUAUUUUCACCCAAUUCCCUCCUUUUUCUUUUCAUACAAUAAUUCUUUUUUUUUUUUUUUUCUUUUUUAUUUCUUCUAAAGCUUUCAUCUUUGAGGUUUUGAUUCACCAUGUCUUCCAUCUCGCAAGGCCUGGUCUUGGCCACCGCCAUGGUCGUCUCCAGCACCGCUCUUUUCCUUGCUUAUUGCCGGCAAAAGUCUUUUACGGCACCCCAUCUUCCGGAGAAUCAAAAUUCGCAGCCGCCUGAAGAGAAAAUUCUACGCUCUUGCUUAUUAUGUUCAGAGGACAAGAAAAGGGACAGAAAGAAGAAGAAAGUGCAAUUUGCUGAGAAUGUGAAGGAGCCGAGUGGAAAUGGCGAGGAAUACAGGAAGGGGCACAUGAAGCCGAGCGAGGUUGAAAGAAUUUGCAGAAUCGAAAUCCGGGAAGUUCGUCGAAUGCCGGAUAAUCGGACUGCUUUGUACAGUGGAAUUCUCAAGAACCGUGUCCAACGUAUGCAGUGCUCGUAUUGAUCAUUAGAAUUUUCAAAAAAAAUUCUUCUUGCUUUUCUUGUUGACUGACCAGAAAAACAAAAACAAAUCUUGGGUUUAAUUUCUGUGGUUGUAAAUACUUGGGCUUGGGGCUUCUUCUUCUUCUCUAAAAUGAGAAAAUAUUGGGCAAAGAUUUGUUUCUGAUCUAAAUUUCUGUUGAUUCUAUAGAUUUCAGAGGUUGAAUUUUAAUAACUCAGUUUUAAUU